AGGUGAUUGAAUUUGGGCCUGAUUGACCUGCAAAUAUGAAGGAAGGCUCAGCUCCCAGGGACAGACGAGCUCCCUCUCCACUCCACGUCGACGCUAAACUAUUUUGUUUUCGUAUGUCUACUGGGCUACAUGCCCACCAAGUGUCCGGGUAUUACGGUGUCCCGGGAAUUGUUGACGUUGACCAAAAAUUCAGGAAGUAGAUGACGAAAAAAAAAAAAGUUUGAUCAUUAUACAGUAUGACCAAUAUUAGCCUACUGUAGUGGGGCACUGACUUAUUUGCAUUGUUUGAUUGUGAAUUAUUUAUUUCCAAAAGAUAACAGCAUGGGUUUUAGUAUGGGUUCAUAAUGAGCACAAUUGCGCAAAUCUGGUUUCGAUUCAUAACAACUGAAAGCACAUGGGUCCCGGGUGCAGUAGGCUAGCCUACGGUCGCUGUGAAGUUUCGAUUUUAGGAACGGCAGUACAGUCCCUUUCGGCUAUAAGCUUACGAAGUGCGAAUAUUGACGUAGACUGCUCGAAAUUGUAUUAACCCACCAAACUUGCUGUGAAUCCUGUGUUUUGUAGGUGUCCCUCUGUAAGGACCAUCAUGAGCGUCAUAACAUCCAAACUGACCAGAGACCAAGAGAAGAAGAUCUGUUCUAUGUUUGGCCAUGCCAAACUCAGUCUGAUAUUCAAAGCUAGUGUCCAUGGAUAUCAUAGUAAUAACUUUCACUAUAAGUGCAGUCAACAAGGCCCUACCCUCACUGUUGCUUACAACAAUUCAGGAUUCAUAUUUGGGGCAUACACUAGUAAAGAUUAUGCACGAACAGGGCAAAAUAUUAUCGAUGAAAAAGCUUUUUUGUUCAGCCUUGAUGGAAGAGAGCAGAACCCUGAGCCUUAUCGUGUUACAAGUACUGGCCAGUACUCCUUCAUUGAUGGAGCCACUGGUCCACAUUUUGGGUCUCUGGUCUUCCUCUUCAACAAUGUAGCCACCAUCCAAAGUAACCCAGGGAAUGUCUUCAACUUUGAUCCAUUAAAAAUGCAUGGAAAUGAUUUGCAAUUGACUGAGUUUGAAGUCUACAGAGUUGAGGAGUGUGAUGCUCUCUUGACAAAGCCUUGGAGGAAUGUCACAUGGAAUGCUGAGACGAAAAAGGGCCUAAUGGAGACCAUUGCAAACUGGAAGUCUGGCGUUAACUCAGUGGACCAGGCCCGGAUACUGCUUGUUGGGCAGGUGGGGGCUGGGAAGUCAAGCUUCUUCAACGCUGUCAGUUCAGUCUUCAAAGGUCAUGUGACAAGUCAGGCCAACACAGGCACUGCAGGGACCAGUCUGACCACACAGUUCCGCACCUACUCUGUCAGAGGAGGACCCAGUAAGAAGGCCCUGCCUAUUGUUCUGUGUGACACCAUGGGACUGGAAGAGGGCUUAAAUGCUGGUCUGGAUAUUGAAGAUUUCACAAGCAUCCUCAAGGGACAUGUACAAGACCGCUACCAGUUCAACCCAUCAAUGCCCAUACAAGAGGACGCUCCUGGUUUCCGCAAGUCUUUCACACUGAAGGACAAGAUCCACUGUGUGGUCUAUGUGAUUGACACCGCCAAAGUCAAACUCCUCCCAGCCAGAAUGGUAGAGAAAUUUGCUGCUUUCCGCAGGAAAACCAACCAGCUAGGUAUUCCUCAGCUUGUGCUCAUGACCAAGGUGGAUGAGGCCUGUCGCUUAGUUGCAGAGGACCUGACAAAUGUUUACUGCAGCCGGACCAUUGAGGCAAUGAUGCGUGAUGUUGCUGCCCAGCUGGGGGUGUCCAUGUCAGCUGUGAUCCCGGUGAAGAACUACAGUCAGGAACUGGAGCUGGACCUGCACACAGACAUCCUGCUACUCAACUCCGUAGUCCAGAUGCUUCGGGUGGCAGAGAGCUACUUUGAUGAUCUCUUCAUGGACGAAGAAGAGAAGGCUGACUAGGACUUUCAUUUGUGGAGCUCUGACUUCACUGCAUGAUUAAGAAUCUUUAUGCUUAUCCUUUAUCUCCUCUCAAGUUCAUGUGGUAAUGUAGAUGGAUAAUGUAGAUCCAUCAGGUUUCAAACACUUUGUUUUUUCCUGAGGUAUCAGUAUACAAAUUGAAUGCAAGUCAUAUAUUAUGUUAGAGUAUGGUUGAGUCAUGGUAUACCCUCAAUACUGAUAAAUAUAAAUAUGGAUGUAUAUCUCGAUAAUCAACUUUUUCAGUUUAAUGGCAUUAAUUUAGCUUAAUCGAUGUUUCCUGUGAACCAUACAUCAUAUUUGCAAUAUAAGAUAGUAUAUGACAUCAUUGAGCUGUGAUUGCCUUCUUGCAACAGUAUUCAAAGGUAGAGUCUAGGAAAUGUCAUUCUUUGGUAUUCUCUUUGGGUUUUUUGUUUGUUUGUUUGUUUAAAUGUUCAUUUUUGUCAACAUGAGACCUAUAGGUUUACAUUAUGUGGAGGUGAAUGUUUCACCGGUGUUACCAUUGAUCUUGAUCAUGAUAAAAUGUUUCGUCUUUACAGUAUAUUUGUUAGAUUGUUGGAUUGUUGAAUUAGGGCAAAAUGCCAAGAUGCUCUGUUAAUAAACAAGAUUUAGCAGGGA